AUGGAGACGUUUUCCUGCCGCUGGAUUCUUCUGACUGGAAGCUUUUAUUUGCUGGUUCUCAGUCAACAUGAGACUCAGAGUAACUUUGCCUUCAGGAACUCAUCAUCGUCUCAACCCUACAAAGACCAAGAGGAGCGUCUCCAGAAAAUCUGGGCUCUUCGGUCCAGGACUGCCGUCCAGAACUCCAAAGUCUUCGACAAUCCCUCGGUUCCCCUAUCGAAGAAGAGGCUUUGGGAAAUCUCCAAACCCAACUCCGACCCGUCGGUAAAAAUUAGGCUUCAGCCCAUCAUGAAAGUUCAAGGACUUUCUAAACUGUCGAGGUUGUUCAGCUGGGGCGACUUUUACUCCAACAUCAAAACCGUGAAACUGAAUUUGCUGAUAAUGGGGAAGAUCGUGGAUCACGGCAACGGCUCUCUCGGCGUCUACUUCCGUCACAACUCCACGGGUGUUGGCAACGUGUCGGUCAGCCUGGUCCCGCCCAUGAAGGGCGUGGAGUUCGACCUGGAGCGCCAGAGCGUGGUCCACCCCAAGGAGUCGAAGACGUUCAACUGCAGGGUGGACUACGAGAAAACCGAACGCAGCAAGAAGGUGAUGCUGUGCAACUACGACCCGUCGAAGACGUGCGACCAAGAACAAACCCAGAGCCACAUCACCUGGAUGUGCUCCAAGCCUUUCCAGGUCAUCUGCGUCUACAUGUCGUUCUACAGUACGGAUUACAGGCUGGUCCAGAAAGUCUGUCCGGACUACAGCUCCCAGGUCCCACCCCACCUGCCCACAGGGUGACGAGGAUGGAUGCAG